GGAGAAACGCUCUCUCUUCUCUUUUUUCUCUCAUUCUAGGGAGUGAGAGAGCGCUCGAAAGCAAGAGAGAGCGAAGGAGAACAAGGCAGAUAGAGAGCGAUCUCUCUCCAGUGAAUGAGCCUUCCUAUGGAGCUGUCUCUGCGCUGGUACACCUUCACUGGCUCUUAUGAUCAACUUCUAACAGAAAAAAAAUUAAGGAUUACUUGGAAGCGUAUAUAAAGAACCCUACAGCCUUCUCUGCAUGCGAGCGUGCGGGUACAGAGAUGGAAAGCGGAGCUACUUAAGGAAAGAAAUGCGCUAAUGACCGCAGUGUCAGUCUUUUCAGCUGGACAAGGUGCUGACAAAUCGAGCGGACAAAAUGUACUGAGAGGGGGACGGACAAAGUAAACAUGUGUGAGCGGUCCUCUAUGGAGACAUGGGCAUUUAGUAGCAACGUCAAGCGGAGGUAUUCAAGGACAAGCAUCUGUGGAUAGUGCGAGAGCGAGCACUUUUAUAGGAGCCAAACUGGAUUGGUACUGUAGCCUAAAGCUCUGAGGCCCUGCAGAGCCACUACACAUCUCCUCGGAUGCUCCUUUGUGGAUUUAUUAGGGGCCAUUUUGGCAUUCAUCUCUUGUUUUCUGACAAAUGAAAGAGACGGCUUUGCUAAUCAUGGGAAUAUAGGAAUUUGAGGGAAAAAAAUCUGUUUUGUGAUUGCAAAAAUUGGACGUGUAAAACCUUUGAGGUAGGUGUUGAGCCUUUCCAAACAUUUUUAUACAUAAAAUAUACCCCCCCUUUUAUUUUAUUCAUUGUUCCUUGGCUUUUCACUUCUCCUUGGUUACUCAAAUACUUGUGACACGACGUUUAGUCUCCAGUUCAGUAAAUGGAAAAACAAUCUAGAGUGUUGUUUAACCCAGGGUAGGGCUUCAUUAGUCAGAGGUGAACCCCUCCCCUUUCCCCGCUUACUACCCCCCCACCCCAACCACCAUCAUCACCCCACGCCCCCCCAGACGAUGCUGAAUUAUGAAUGUGCCACAUCAUGAGUCUCCUGGGGCGGGUAGCUGUGCGUCGAGCCAGGAAAGCCGCCCUGCUCUGUGUCCUGUUCCUCAUGGUUCAAGCGUGCGUGGAGGUGGUGGCCGCGGCCGGGCCCCAGGGUUGCCCGACUGAUUGCUCCUGCAACAACCAGCUCAGCAAGGUGGUGUGCACCAGACGUGGGCUCACUCGUGUGCCACCAGGCAUACCCAGCACCACCCGGCACCUAAACCUGAUGGAAAACGCCAUUGAGUCUGUGCAGGUCGACUCAUUCCGCAACCUCCAUCACCUAGAAGUGUUACAGCUGGGCCGCAAUGCUAUCAGACAGAUUGAAGUAGGUGCCUUCAGUGGGUUAACCAAUCUCAAUACACUGGAACUAUUUGAUAACAGAUUGACUGUGGUGCCAAGUGGGGCGUUUGAGUAUCUGUCCAAGCUGAGAGAGCUGUGGCUGAGAAACAACCCCAUUGAAAGCAUUCCAUCGUACGCAUUUAACAGAGUGCCAUCGCUAAUGAGACUGGAUCUGGGUGAACUGAGAAAACUGGAGUACAUCUCUGAUGGGGCCUUUGAAGGUCUAGUUAACCUCAAGUAUCUUAACCUGGGGAUGUGUAACAUUCGAGGGGAGAUGCCCAACUUCACACCUCUUGUUGGGCUGGAGGAGCUGGAAAUCUCAGAGAACCUCUUUCCUGAAAUCAAACCAGGUUCAUUCAGAGGACUGUCUUCACUCAAAAAGUUAUGGAUCAUGAACUCUCAAAUAGGGCUAAUUGAGCGAAAUGCCUUUGAUGACCUGGCCUCUUUGGUGGAGCUGAAUUUGGCUCACAACAAUUUAAGCUCACUGCCCCAUGACCUUUAUACACCACUGAAAUACCUGGUGGAACUUCACCUCCACCACAACCCCUGGAACUGUGGCUGUGACUCACUCUGGUUAGCACGUUGGCUAAGAGAGUACAUACCCACCAACUCGACAUGCUGCGGGCGUUGUCAUUCCCCUGCACACAUGAGAGGCCGCCAGUUGGUAGAGCUGGAUCGAGGUGACACCGGUGCAAUGCAGUGCUCCGCCCCCUUCAUCGCAGAUGCCCCAAGAGACCUGAAUAUUUCAGCUGAACGUGUGGCAGAACUGAGGUGUCGAACAGCCGCCAUGUCUGCUGUACGAUGGCUCCUACCAAACGGGACAAUUCUAACUCAUGCAUCAAGUCACCCACGGUUAACUGUGCUAAAUGAUGGAACUUUGAAUUUUUCAAACGUACUUGCAGGUGACACAGGCAUGUACACCUGCAUGGUGUCCAAUGCGGCUGGGAAUUCCAAUGCUUCAGCCUAUCUAAAUGUAAGUGCGGCUGAGCUCAACACGUCCAACCUCAGUUACUUCACCACAGUAACAGUGGAGGUGCUGAGCCCCACAUCUGAAAUGCCCAAGCCCAAAACCACCACAACCACAGCAGGUGCCAGCACCACUACCACAGCAUCGCCUUCAGUCUUUCAGCCAGUUUUUAUCUCAACACCAACAGUCCUGCUUCAGAGCACAGACACUCCACCAAGUCGUCCAUCUGUUAUACCUGGCUCGAAAGUGACAACAGGAAAGCCGCCCAAUCCAGCCAGUACCAGUCUGGAUGAGGUGAUGAAGACAACAAAGAUCAUUAUCGGUUGUUUUGUGGCAGUAACCUUGCUAGCAGCAAUCAUGCUAAUUGUAUUUUAUAAACUACGAAAGAGGCAUCAACAGAGGAGCACAGUGGCUUCAGCCAGAACUGUGGAGAUUAUUCACGUAGAUGAAGAACUGCCUCCAUCGGCAUCUGCUGCCAAUAUUGCAGAUGAGGGGCCGCUAACUCUACCAGAAAUAAGGAAUCAUAACAGCAUUUACAAAGCGGACUACACCCACAAAUUUGACUACGGCUACAAACCAAAACCAGAAUACGGUAUCCAUAAGCCCAAGCAAGAUUUCAGCAUCCACCAACCCAAGUCGGACUACAACAAUUACAAACCUAAAACAGACUAUAUAUACCAACCUACUCUGGAAUACAGCUCUCAGAAACACAUGGACUAUUCACACAAGUCCUUGCCGGAUUACCACGUGCACAAAAAACCUGAACAGAGCCCAUACAAACAUGGAUAUGGCACCCAAAAAUCGGACUACAAAUUUCAUACUACUAAACAAGACUUCAGUCCGUUCAAAGCAGAGUAUGGUGUUCCGAAAUCAAAAACUGACUACAGUAUGCCCAAGCCCAAGCCCGAUUAUAGCCCCUUCAAGACAGACUGUAGCCUUUUCAAACCUGACUACAGUGCUUUCAAGGCAGAGUACAGUCCUCUCAAAGCGGAAUAUGUCAGUUGUGACUUCAGCCCUCACAAGUAUAAAAAGGAUUACAGUCCUCAUAAUGUGGACUACAGCCCACAUAAGAUGGACUACAGCGCUAUGAAGCCCAAAUUUAACACCUACAAGCCACCAGGCCGCAGUGCAAAAUGGACAGAAAGCAACAGCAUCGGAAAUUCUCUGCCUCGAACCAUGCCCAGCGCUAUCACAGCUUCUCCUGAAGCCCUUGUUAUAAAAACUCACACCAAGGAGAAAGUACAAGAGACUCAGAUAUAGCCUGGCCCUCAACAAAUCAGAACCUCAGUGAAAAUGACCCUCUCGCCCCCCUUAUAAGCCCACCAUCACCCCAGCAUAAAAACAUGCAAUAGAAUGCACAAGAAAAAAAAGACAGGAGCUACUUUUUUGUACAGAGUGCAAUUCCUAAAGACUGAUUCUUGUUGUACAUGCUUAUAAAUAAAUAUAUAUGGAAAAACAAACUACCAUGGGCUGGUAAUAGAGAAGCAGAUUAUUUAAAAAAAAUAAAUUGAAACUAUUUUCUAACUUAUAACUCCUAUUUAAAAGAUGAGUUGUUUUAAGAUGCUGUACUGGAUUUAAGAAACGAGGGUAGUCUUGUUUAAAAGGGGCAUUCUCUGUGAUUUCUAAACAAUGCUACAGAGAAUGCAGAGAAAAUUUCAACAGCAACAACAAAAAACAACAUUUAUACUGAAAAGUCUUUCUUUUAAACAUAAAAGAUAAAGGUCAGUGUUGAUCUUUGCAGGUUUAUCUUGUAAAAGCACCAUGAAUUUGUACUGUGCCAAAUGUUACAAAUGCAAUAAAAGGAUUUUUGGAAAAAAAGAAAAAAAAAAAAAAGGACCACCGUUUAGCUUUUUUUUUUCCCCGUCUCUUGAUGUACUGUUGCGAUCAGCCAAAUGCUUUAGACACUGCAGUAGGACUCACUGCAGUUCUGCUUUAACCCUCAGAGUGCUGGGUGCCGCUCAAGUCUAAAAGGCUGGGCAGGGGCUGCUUUUCUCGGUUUUCUCUAUUCUUUUGUAUGCUUUCCAGCGCUGCAGUGGAUUAACUGAGCUUAUAUAAUUUACUUGUGAACUGAUUUUCCAUCACAA